UAGUUUGAGUGAGGGGACAUUUGGAUGAAAAUGAAGACGGUGGUGGCUUGUAUCGGGUUUUUGCUUUUAUUUAUGUGGCUUUCUCCAAGCCAAGCCCUUUAUUUCCACAUCAGAGAGACAGAAAAGAAAUGCUUCAUUGAAGAAAUACCCGAUGAAACCAUGGUGAUCGGAAAAUACAGAACGCAGCUGUGGGACAAACAGACUGGCUCUUUUCUCCCAUCCACCCCUGGUUUAGGCAUGCAUGUGGAAAUCAAGGAUCCUGAUUCCAAGAUCAUUCUGUCUCGUCAGUACGGCUCAGAUGGCCGAUUUACCUUCACAUCCCAUAUGCCAGGCGAGCACCAAAUUUGCCUUCACUCCAACUCCAGCAAGAUGGCGCUGUUUGCUGGUGGAAAACUGAGGGUGCACCUGGACAUUCAGGUUGGUGAGCACACCAACAACUACCCAGAGAUCGCCGCCAAAGACAAGCUGACUGAGCUCCAGCUGAGAGCUAGACAGCUUCUGGACCAGGUGGAACAAAUCCAGAAAGAGCAGAACUAUCAGAGGUACCGCGAGGAGCGUUUCCGAAUGACCAGCGAGAGCACGAACCAGCGUGUCCUCUGGUGGUCUAUCGCUCAGACCAUCAUCCUCAUCAUCACUGGUAUCUGGCAGAUGAAACAUCUCAAGAGCUUCUUUGAAGCCAAAAAGCUGGUUUGAAGAACAGACAGACUUACAAGAGACACUUGCUCUAAUUAUUUUCAUUGAUGUUCUCAAGCAUGGAAAUAGUCAAUGUUUCAUUGCAACGUUUUCUUUUUUAUUCAGUUUGGUCCAACUUUAGCUUAAGCAGGUAUUUUAAGAGGGUUCAUAACACAAAGGACUUUCAAAUGCAAGAAGUUUGCCUCAGUCACCAUUCAUUUUCAUUGUUUGUAAAAAUGAUGCAGAUGAAACGACGUGAGGGUGAGUGAAUGAUGACAGAACUGUAAUUUUUGGGUGAACGUUUCGUUCACACCCUUUGUUACGUGACUAUAUUUUGCUGUAUACAAAGUAUUAACUCUUGAAAAUCUGAUGCCCAUUUAUCAUGAAUUAAUCAGAAUCAUAAUUGCUCAGCCUCUAGAAUGUUGCAUCAAGUCUUCAUAUUUAGAAAAAGUGUGAUUUUGAGAAUUAACAGAAUGUUAUGCCUUUUAAAGUGAUGAUCGUUAUGGAUUCAUGGGAAUUACUGUUUGUCUUUAAAAUUUUAUUACUGAUAAAUGUGAAAAAUCAAGCCAGCUAAUCAUUUCAAAAUUUCUGCCCUUUUUAAAUAUGUACUGUAUAUAUUGAGGUAUAUUGAAGUUUUCAAAAAUCUGUGGCUUUUUCACACCCUCUGCUAUUCUGUCUUUAAUACAUUUAUAUACUUUGAAAUAGGCUUGAUAUUCUAUAUAGUCUUAAACCCUAAUCUUAAUCGGUUCUAUCUGGAUUAGUAUGUAGCUGCUUUUACCAAGUAUUUUUGGAAUUGUUUUAACUUGACUGGGUUUACAAAAACAUUUUUUUUUUUAUUCUUCUAAAAGUUCAGUUUCUUGUGUUGUUAUUUAUUCACUGGAUGGACUGACCUUUAAAUAUAAUUUCAAUAUUUUCAAUAAGCAGAAAAUUGUGUUGAAAAAUAAACAGAAGUUUUCAGGGUUUUUCUUCAAUCCUGAGACUAUCUGUUGUUUAUAGUCUUUAGAAAUGUUUGUACAGACUACUUUUAAUCAGACAGCAUUCUUUUAAUGACACCAUCCUUGUGACGUUAUUAGCUGAAGGUUAUUUAUAUGAUAAUGCAGCUCUGUGUUCUCAACAGUGUCAUUUUAUCUUUGUAAUAAACAGUAUUUAUAAGUGCACAAAAUGCAUGCAAAUACUUCAACUGUAGACACGGUACACAGUUCUAUUGAUAUUAUAUUACUGAUCACUGUUUUUGUUUCUGUAUCUAUGUUGUAUUUGGGUUCUGAAAAGUUUGUAGAAUGUGCAUUUGAAUUAAAUUCCUUUUAUUUAA